GAACUGACAUUCAUCCAGAAGUCAUGAUCUUCAACGUGAUCCGCGGGCCUCGCGCUGCCUUUGGGAGUUUAAUAGGGCAGUGGCGGAGAGGCGUGAUGAACGGAGGGAGCAGAAGACUGUGCAGCAAGCCUCAAGAAGGGGCAUCUACACCCCUUCAGACCACAGAACCGGCUCAACGGCUUGGGUUUAAAGUGCCAGGCUACCGCCCAAAAGAAUGGGAUAAGAAGAUGCUGAUGUGGUCCGGGCGAUUCAAAACCGCAGAGCAGAUUCCCGAGUUUGUGUCUUUUGAGAUGAUUGAUGCUGCCAGGAACAGAGUGCGUGUGAAGGCCUGCUAUGUCAUGAUGGCACUGACCAUACUGGCGUGCCUCGGUAUGGUUAUCUCUGGCAAACAGGCGGUAGGUCGGCAUGACAAUCUGACCGCUCGUAACAUGGAGAAGAAGGCUCGAUUGAGAGAGGAUGCACAGAAGGAGAAGGAGGCCGCUGCACUUGCAGAGAAAGCCCAGUGAUAUGCCUUCAUUCGAGCUCCCAAAGCCCAUCAUUCACCAUCCAGUUUUUCCAAAUAUCACAUGCCACACCCCAUGGGAACUCUAGUAGAGGUGGUACAGAUGUUCCUCCACGACUUCUUGAGUAGUGUAUAAAAUAAAGAUGAGAUGUCCUCUGUGUGAUUUUUGUAUAUAUUAAGCAAAAAAUAAAAUACUGGUCCACUGA